AUGAAAUGUUUAUGUAAAUUGUUACUGCUAUGUUUACUUUUAAAAAAAGUUUGUUUAAUAUCCACCAAUGACAAUGUUGAAUUUAGUGAAGUUUGGGGUCCAGGUUUGAAGCCCGAUCAAAUUGUAAUGCCGGCAAGAUAUUUUUUUAUAAAGCUGGCCCACAAUCCCAGCAACAAAAGCGAUAUUUCUAAAAGUAAAUUGUUGGUCGAAAUUGAUGGAGAAUCAAAAAAUCGAAAACAUUGCAGAGUAUGGACGAACGUACUUGAUAGAAACGACGGAAGUUUUAUAGUUAGAUAUAAGCUCUACGAAUUUUGCUCGAGCUUGAAAAUUUCUAUUCGAUACGAUAACAAACACUUAGCCGACUCGCCUUAUGUGAUAAACGAACAAAUUUUAUCAGAUGAUUGCAAUUGUCCCACGCAGAAAAUUGAGGAAGUUCUUAAUAAUUGGGAAUGUGGGCCUGUGCCGGAUUUAAUAAAAACUAGCUUAGACGAAUUUGGGCCUAUCGAUUGGAAUAUAAAAAGGAAAAGUGUAAUAAAAAAAUUUGACCAACCUUACUCCGUUAGUUUGUGUCAUUACGUAGUAAAAAAUAACAAUAUUUAUAGAAAAUGCUAUGGAAAGCAUGUAGGAUUUAAUAUGUUCGUUGAUAACAUAUUGCUAUCAUUAACGAGAAAGACUAUUUUACCAGAUAUUGAAUUUUUCUCCAAUUUGGGCGAUUGGCCGUUAUCCGCUAGAAAUUUAAAUGAAAAAUAUCCUAUAUUUUCUUGGUGUGGAAGUACCGAUAGCUACGAUAUUAUUUUACCUACUUAUGAUAUUACGGAAUCCACGUUAGAAAAUAUGGGGAGGGUCUCGUUAGAUAUACUUUCGGUCCAGGGUAAUUCAAAUAUCGAAUGGGAAAAUCGCAUUCCCCGGCUAUUCUGGAGAGGCAGGGAUUCCAAUAAAUACCGUUUAGAAUUAAUAAAAAUAGCCCGCAACAAUCCCGACUUAUUCAACGCAUCUUUAACUAAUUUUUUCUUCUACAAAGACGAAGAGGAGAUUUACGGUCCAAAAGCGGAAUAUGUCUCGUUUUUCAAAUUCUUCGAUUACAAAUACCAGCUCGGUAUUGACGGGACUGUAGCUGCAUACAGAAUGCCAUAUCUGCUCGCAGGGGGCUCUGUUCUCUUUAAACCAGCUUCAAAAUACUAUGAAUAUUUCUAUAAAGAUCUCAAGCCCUAUGUACAUUAUAUACCCGUUAAGGAGGAUAUAAGUGAUAUUGUUGAGAAAAUAAAAUGGGCUAUCGACCACGAUGAAGAAGCUAAAGCUAUAGCUGAAAAUAGCAGGCGGUUUAUUAACGAGCAUUUAUUACCAAAGAAUAUUUUUUGUUACCACAUGCAUAUGUUCAAUGAAUUCAGCAAGGUUCUUACCAGCAGGGUGCAAGUUUUGGAGGGAAUGGAGGCUGUUAAACAGAAAACUGUGGUAAAUUGUGAUUGCAAUAUCAAAAAAGACGAACUGUGA